UUGGUGGUAACUAGUGGGAAUAACCCGAAAAGUGGGUUGAGUAUUGAACUCAGGUGAAAGGCACCACUUCAGUCUCGAACUACCUUGACAGAAAUGGGUGCCGUCAUCCCUUGGUUAACAAUCUACUAUUUAUUAUCAAUACGUUACAUUGUGUUCUGCAUUUUUUACAGAUUACAAGGCUAUUUAUAAUGGGCCUACUAGCGACAUCUAGUUAGUUGUUGAUUAACUAUAUAUGCAUAUGGUUGACUAGGUUUUACUAAUCUAGAUUUACACAUUCGUUACGUUUUUAUGAAAAUCUAAACAACUCAAAACACUAGGUUUCGGAAUUUUAAAGCUACGGGAAAAAUACAUUUUCGUCAUGUUUACAUCGAUAUCGAGGCCUACUAGCGCCAUCUAGUUGUCCUGGGGCUAACGUUCAGUUCCAUAUGUCUAUGUAUGUAUGAAAGCCCAUGCUUUUUGAUGUAUUUGGGAAAUCUUUGCGUUACAAGUUACAAUACUUUUUUAUUUAUAUGUGUGAGAUAUUAUAGUAUGAUAAACAAAAGUUACCAAAUGUGUUCUAACUUAUUUCUGAACGUAGCCAGAAUGUCAAAAUGACAUUGAAAAAUUACCGCUAAACACGGUGCCGUGCCGGUUGCCGGUUCGUAUUAUAAAGAAUUUAAACUACUAAAACAAUAAUUUUAUAUACUAAAUAAACAUGGAUUUAAGCAUGGGUGAUAUGGACGUCUGUAAUGAUGAACAAUUGGAUACCAAGAAAUGCUACAAAUGUGGUUACGAAUUAUUGGACAAUUUAAACGUAGUGUACAACUCAUCAAAUUCAAUCUUCGUCUUCUGGAAUAAGUACCAGUUAUUUCUGUACGAAAAUAUACAUUUUGAAGACGCUGCAAGAAUAUUCACUCCAGAGUUUAGUGUGCAUCAGAUUAUAAUAUCGAAUAAUUACUUAAUUUGCCUAGACUGUCGUGGAAAUGUGCAUGUAACUUCGCUUAAAUUCAAAAAUACUCAGAAACGUUUAAAGACUAGUUUUUUACCGCGAGAACAGAACAUUUUAGGCUUCGUUGAAUGUGGUGAAUAUGUAGUGAGUUUAAAAGCAGAAUCAGACAAUUAUUUCCUUUGCUUAAAUAGAAUCAACAGCGAUUUUCAAGCACAAAGAAAGAUACCAAUUUGUUAUAAAGGGGAGACCGGAUUACCGCAGAAGAUUACUCAAGAUAAAUGCUUGCUAACUGUUUCGAAAGUUACUAGCCAUGAUGAAGGGAUAAAGCAACUGUUUAGUGUUAAUCUUAUAGCAAAGGAUUCAAAUGUUGUAAUUAUGUCAUUUGACAGAAUGAAUGUGUUUGCCUGUUUAUUCAGUUCUAAUAUGGCGCAAGAUGAGAUUCAGUUGAUCAAGCUUUACUCAUGUCCAUCUGAAAUAUGUAAUAUCCAAGUCAUACAGUGUGAAGAACUUAAUGUGAUAAUAGUUCUCAAGUCAGGCACUAUUUUAAAAUUUCCACUUCAGAAAACAUCACAAACCAUUGUUCCAAUUCAUUUAAACACUGCCGUUAACAAGUUUAUGUUACUUAAAGAUACAUUAAUAUAUACAGAUGGUAUUUCUAUGUGGAAAACUGAAAAGACUUUCUCGAAAAUAACUUUCAAACAAUAUUUUCUCCGGCAUGUCAAGGACUUUGUCCGGGUCGGAGACCAAUUGGUCUGCACCACAUUUUCGAAGCUCAUAUAUGUGAUACCAGAUGAUGACUUAAGUUAUCUAGAACCAGUAUCGGAGCACUGUCCGGCUGAGAAAUUAUUAAAUAAUUCUGAAUACUUGUACAGAUUGUUAGAAGAAGUGGAUAAAAACAAUGAAUUGAUUGAAAAACUCAAUGAGGAAGGGAAUUACAUCACAGCAUUGGCAUUAUCUAAUAGACAAGAUUUAAUGGACAGCAUUUUGAAAAACACAAUUACUGUUUAUGAGCAUUACGAGGAUGCUAUCAAAGAAAAUACAGAUUUAACAAUAACUGAGGACUUAAAAGAGUAUUUCAAAGCCGAAUCAGUUUACUUUCUCAUAAAAAUGAGAGUAAUGCAAAUGGAGCAUUUAGUAAACCAAGUUAUAUCACAACUGUUUAAAAAUUCCAAGAUACACAUGACACUGUUUUCAGAAGACAAGCUAUUGAAAACUAACAGCCUGAACGUAUCAGACACAUUUUAUAAAAUGAAUGUAUUAAUACCGCUUGAUUACAGAACUAUGACAAAUGUGUCAGUUGUUAAAGUAAACAUCAAAAUAGUCACUCAUCUGCCGGGGGCUUUUGAUUCUAAAGAACCGAUGUGGAUGACACUGUACACAAAAGAAAUUAUUCUAAACUCGGAACAUUUUAUCAAAACAGAUUUAAUUUCGAGCAGACCUAGAAGUUUCAAGGAACCUCAAGAAACGAUUGAUGACAUGAUUGCAAAAACUGCCAGUAAUCAACAUGGAAAUCUUUUCAAAUUCACUGAUGCAACAAAUAUAACAGAUUCAGAAUUUUCCAUGUAUGUCAAGCUACCAGUAAAUUAUGCUGAAAUAUUUAAAAACCAGGAACUGCUUAAUAGUUUGAAUACAAGAAAAGCGGAGUAUUUAUCAAAACAACUUUCUUCAGAAGAGUUUUUGAAUUCGAAUAGUAACCUAACUUUUGAAAUUGGAAGACACAAGGUGGAUGUUGAGAUAGUGUCAGACGAUACCCCGGUAGUAAAAGUGUCUGGUUCCAAUAUAGGCAAGGUGUUGGGUAUACGAAACUUCUUUGCUGAUUUACUUUACGGAGAUUACAAGACGACUGGGCCAGAAAUUCAAUAUACAGAUUAUGCUUUUUAUACCAAUGUUGAGAAUUUGCAAAAGACCAUCAAAGGCAACAUGGAGAACCAUAACUCAGAGAAUCUUCAAGAUUUAGCUGAACAAUUGCAGAAGAUAAUUGGGAAUUUGCCAAUUUGAAUUAAUUUUUUUUAAAAGAAUCUUAACUGUGAAGAAAAGAGCGUACUCCCAUCUUAAAGGCAACUUAUAACGCCUCCGGUGUUGCAGGUGUCCAUGGGCGGCGGUAAUCGCUUACCAUCAGACGAUUUGUCUGCUCGUUUCCUAUAUCA